AUGUGGUGUGGUGAACGGGCAACGUUAAUCACGGUGCUGGCACUCCUGGCCGUGGGGAUGCCAAUCCUAGUCGGGGGGGCUAGAAUUUUGGCCAUCUUUCCUUCGCCGGCCAGGAGUCACCAGAUAGUGUACCGGGCAUACAUGAAAGGGCUGAUCAAUCGUGGACACCAGCUGACGGUUAUGACAACGGAUCCAUUCAUGACCGACCAUCCGAACGUGACCAUCAUAAACUGGAGCUUUGCGUACAAAAUUGUGAAUGAAAAUAUUGAUGUGGUUGAUAUGAAGCAACGGAACAUGAACUUUUUCCAAAUUGCACAAGAGCUACGUAAGGUGACACGACUGUUUUUGGAGGCACAAAUGUCCCACCCGGACGUGCAGGCCCUCAUCCAUAGUCGAGAUGCAUAUUUCGACGCAGUGAUUGUCGAGUACUACCAGUUUACACCUCUGUACGCGUUUGCCGAACUGUUUAACGCGCCCCUGAUCGGUGUCACGUCGAUCGAUGCAAUGGGAAUGGUUCACGAAGUGUUGGGCAACGUGAUGAACGUUGUGGCGCAUCCAGAGAUGAAUCACAAAUUUACGAAGAACCUCAACUUUCUGCAACGUCUGGAAGCAGUCAUAUGCAACUGGAUGAUCAACUACUAUAUCAUGCCGGCCGACUUCCGCAACUACGAUCGGGUAAUCGAACAGAAUUUCGGAAGCAACAUGACACGCUCCUGGGGGCUGAUGAAUCGCAUUGACUUCCUGAUGGUGAAUGCCGAGCCAGCACUCGGGUAUUUACGACCAACUUUGCCAAACACUGUGCAGCUCGGCUUUCUACACAUCGAACCCGUAAAAGCGCUGCCAAUGGAUUUACAGUCGUACCUAGACGAUUCGGAACAUGGUGUGGUGUACUUCAGCCUCGGAACAUUGAUCCGCAGCGAUUCCUUGAACCAACGCAACCUGAAUCUUUUCUUAGAGGUGUUCAAAUCAUUGAAGUACGAUGUACUGUGGAAGCAUGAUGGCGAAAUGGACCUCAACGGAACCACAAACAUCCGAAUGAUGCGAUGGGUUCCACAGCAAGACGUUCUGGCUCACCCAAAAGUGAAAGCAUUCGUCAUGCAGGGUGGACAGCAGUCGAUGGAAGAAGCUAUCGACCGGCACGUGCCGCUCGUGGUGAUACCAUUCAAUUUCGACCAGUUUGGGAACGCGGACAAGGUGCUCGAUCUGGGCAUUGGGCGCUCGGUGUGGAUGGAGCACUUGAACGGUGUGGAUGGAGCACAGAAGCUGCGCGAAUGCAUCAUCGAAGUCACGGGCAACAAGCGCUAUAAACGAAACAUCGCGCGGCUCGGAAGGCUGGUCCGUGAUCAACCGAUGCGGCCGGUCGAGAAGGCGGUUUGGUGGACGGAGUACGUGAUCCGUCACAACGGUGCCGGCCACUAUCGCUACAAGCCGGCCAAGAUGUCCUUCAUACAGUAUCAUUACUACGACGUUGCUGCAGCCGUACUGCUGCUCCUGUUUGUGAUACUAGCGGUCCUAGUAUACCUUCUGAAGUGGCUGGGCCAUAUCAUGGCAAGACAUCUAGUCUCCUACGCCACCGCUGGCGGAUUGAGCAUGCAGUUGGAAACGAAGAAGUCCCUCUGA